UGCAUAACACAUUACAUGCAUUUGCAAGCCAUACGCUCUCUGUAAUAUGGAUACCAAAUUGGGAGCGCUUGCUCUCAUGCUCCCGCUUCUACUGCUGAUUUCCGCUACUCGCGUAGCCUACGGCGGCAUCCAACCCACGCCGCCUCCCGCGAGCUUCCAAGCCGCCUUGGUCCGCAUCGAGCCCGCAGGCAUCAACUACACGCGCGCCGUGCAGCGCUCCCGCUCCCGCCUGUCCAUGCUCGCCGCCAGAGCGGUGUCCAACGCGGGGGCGGCGCCGGGGGAGAGCGCGCAGACGCCGCUGAAGAAGGGGAGCGGCGACUACGCCAUGUCGUUCGGCAUCGGCACGCCGGCGACGGGGCUGUCGGGCGAGGCGGACACCGGGAGCGACCUCAUCUGGACCAAGUGCGGCGCCUGCGCGCGGUGCUCGCCGCGGGGCUCCCCGUCCUACUACCCCACCAGCUCCAGCUCCGCCGCGUUCGUCGCGUGCGGCGACCGCACGUGCGGGGAGCUGCCCCGACCACUGUGCAGCAACGUCGCCGGCGGCGGCAGCGGCAGCGGCAACUGCUCCUACCACUACGCCUACGGCAACGCUAGGGACACGCACCACUACACGGAGGGCAUCCUCAUGACGGAGACCUUCACCUUCGGCGACGACGCCGCGGCGUUCCCGGGCAUCGCGUUCGGGUGCACGCUCCGCUCCGAGGGCGGUUUCGGGACGGGCUCGGGCCUCGUCGGGCUCGGCAGAGGGAAGCUGUCCUUGGUCACGCAGCUCAACGUCGAGGCCUUCGGCUACCGCCUCUCGUCCGACCUGUCCGCGCCCAGCCCCAUCUCGUUCGGCUCCCUCGCCGACGUGACCGGUGGCAACGGCGACAGUUUCAUGUCCACUCCGCUACUCACAAACCCGGUGGUUCAGGACCUUCCGUUCUACUACGUCGGUCUGACCGGCAUCUCGGUCGGCGGGAAGCUCGUGCAGAUACCUUCGGGGACCUUCUCCUUCGACCGGAGCACCGGGGCGGGCGGCGUCAUCUUCGACUCCGGUACCACGCUUACGAUGCUCCCGGACCCCGCGUACACGCUGGUGAGGGACGAGCUGCUGUCACAGAUGGGCUUUCAGAAGCCACCACCGGCAGCGAACGACGACGACCUGAUCUGUUUCACCGGGGGGUCGUCGACGACGACGUUCCCGUCCAUGGUGCUGCACUUCGACGGCGGCGCCGACAUGGACCUGUCCACCGAGAAUUACUUGCCGCAAAUGCAAGGCCAGAACGGGGAGACAGCCCGGUGCUGGUCCGUGGUGAAAUCAUCGCAAGCCUUGACGAUCAUCGGCAAUAUCAUGCAGAUGGACUUCCACGUCGUGUUUGAUCUGUCCGGCAACGCGCGGAUGCUGUUCCAACCGCCCACCGCCUGAUACGGGAGAUUAUGACCGUUGAUUUUGUGCGCCGUAUGUAGUACUAGCACUCUAGCAGUGUAGCACGUACAAUUGUGCCGUAGCGAAUAAGUUCUGCACAAAUUAUUUUCUGCCAUCCGCGCUUAGUUGUAAGUACGCGAGCUUAUGUAAUAGUCUUCCAAGAGAAAUUGAACGGGCAUAAUACUGCAUGUACGGUUACAAUAUACUUAUAAACAUAAACGUUUAAACACAUAUAUAGUAUACCAUAUGAUUAGUACUA